GCGUGCAAUUAUUGAUUGUUGUUAUCUCUGAAAUACGAUUUAACUACUAUAAUGAUUCUCCCUUCCUAGCCUCAUCGGAAAGGGACGAAGCUCCGAUCUCUCUCCCCCCACCGGGAAAGCAAAUCCACCGCACGGGGACGCCCUACCCACCCAGGGAUCCAAGCAAUCCCUCCCGGGCCUCCCCUUCUCUCAGACCCACGCGUUCCCAAGUUCCUUCAUUUUAUCCGAUUUUCUCCUACUAGCAUUUUGGAUCGGUUCGGGCCUCAAUCCAGACCGCCCCUGGCCGCGAUCGUUCCCUCCGUCGGAAUUCUAGGGUUCCUGGUGCGACUGGGCCGGAGAGCUUUGGGCUUGGGGGCAGAGAUGGACUCCGAGGACGACAUGCAUGACGCCGACGACCUAGACUCGUUGGACGACCAAUUCUAUAGCGGGUACGCCGCCUUGGGCAGCGAUGACGGAGACGAGUACGAUUUCGUCGACAACGUGUCGGAUGGCGCCGAGGAAAGCACCUCGCAUCGCCAGCAGCAAAAUUAUACUAUUUUAAGUGAUGCUGACAUAAGGCUACGCCAGGAAGAAGACAUAAGUAGGAUAUCGACUGUGCUUUCAAUACUAAGAUCUGAAGCAUGCAUUCUUCUACGGCAUUAUAACUGGAGUGUUAGUCGGGUACAUGAUGAAUGGUUUGCAAAUGAAGACCAUGUUCGAAAGGUCGUUGGUUUGCUGGAAAACUCAAGUGAAAUGCAGAGGACUAGAGAACUUACAUGUGGAAUUUGUUUUGAAAACUAUCCUCGUGACAGGAUGACUUCUGCUGCUUGUGGUCAUCCUUUUUGCCACACUUGUUGGAGAGGUUACAUUAGCACAUCAAUAAGUGAUGGCCCUGGAUGCUUAAUGUUAAGGUGUCCUGAUCCAUCCUGUGGUGCUGCCGUUGGCCAAGACAUGAUUGAUCUCUUGGCAACCCAUGAAGAUAAAGAGAAGUAUUCUCGGUAUCUUCUAAGAUCUUACAUUGAAGACAACAGAAAGACAAAAUGGUGUCCUGCUCCUGGUUGUGAAUUUGCAGUUGAGUAUAUAAUUGGCAGUGGAAGCUUUGAUGUUUGCUGCAAUUGCUCGUAUGGCUUCUGUUGGAAUUGCACUGAGGAAGCUCAUCGACCAGUUGAUUGUGAUACAGUCGCAAAAUGGAUAUUAAAAAACAGUGCUGAAUCUGAGAAUAUGAACUGGAUAUUGGCAAAUUCAAAACCCUGCCCAAAGUGCAAGCGCCCAAUUGAGAAAAACCAAGGAUGUAUGCAUAUAACCUGCACACCUCCUUGUAAAUUUGAGUUCUGUUGGCUAUGCCUUGGCUCAUGGUCAGAACAUGGAGAAAGGACUGGUGGCUUCUAUGCAUGUAAUCGCUAUGAUGCUGCAAAGCAGGAAGGAGCGUAUGAUGAAUCUGAAAGGAGAAGAGAAAUGGCUAAAAAUUCUCUUGAGAGAUACACCCAUUACUAUGAACGAUGGGCGACUAAUCAGUCGUCAAGGCAAAAGGCACUUUCAGAUCUGCAUAGCAUGCAAAAUGAAAAGCUUGAGAAGCUUAGCGACCAGCAAAGCCAACCAGAAUCGCAGCUUAAGUUCAUAAUAGAAGCCUGGCUACAGAUAGUGGAGUGUAGGCGGGUGUUGAAAUGGACGUAUGCCUACGGGUUUUACCUACCUGAGCAUGAACACGCCAAGAGGCAGUUCUUUGAAUAUUUGCAAGGUCCAUAUGCCUCUACCUUUACUUUGGCUGCAACAAGGCAUGCCAUUAUUGAAAUAAUCAUGUUUAAUUCCUUUUUAGGUGAAGCUGAGUCUGGACUGGAACGCCUUCAUCAGUGUGCUGAGAAGGAGCUCCAAAUAUACCUUGAUGCACAAAUUCCAAUGAAUGAUUUCAAUGAUUUUCGUACCAAGUUAGCUGGCUUGACCAGUGUGACCCGCAACUACUUUGAGAAUCUAGUCCGAGCCUUGGAGACUGGUCUAAAGGAUGUUGGCUCUUCCAAUAACCAAGCCACUUGCAGCAAGAGUUCAAGCUCUAAGAGUUUGGGUUCGAAGGCAAAGGGAGGCAAGUCCAAAGCCACCGGAAACAGCUCUAAAUCAGCUGGUCCCAGCCGCAGCAUGGAUGAUAGCAACCUCUGGUCUUGUGAUCACUGCACCUAUGCCAACCCCAAAUCCACCAGGACAUGCCAGAUGUGUGAACAUCAUCGAUAGACCACUAUUCGAUGUCCCUCAGCAUCAUUUGCUUCUGUCUAUAAAGAAACAUUCCAUAAGCCUGUUCCACUGGCCUGUGCCAUAUAUGGCAGGAUCUAGUUUUACGAUAUGGCAGCCAGAAAAUAGUGUCCGUGAUCUUCUAGGUUAUGUGCCCAUUGCAAGGCUUGUGAAAGAACAGAAACAUGUUAGAAGAAAUUAGAGGAGUUUAAAGAAUUUCCUCUACUUGCAGUGAUCAGUUGUUAAAUUAUGGACAAGCGAAUAGAUUCAUCUCAUUAUCGCGUCCAUUGAUUUAUGUAUAUCUGACUCGGAACUGAUCCUGCUUGUUUUUUUUUCAAUCAGAUAUUGUACAUCUGAUUCUCUUCAGUACAAGGGGACCUGUAAUAGUAACUAAUGGGCCUUGUAAGUUACACAAUAUACACUUGUUAGAGCAUAAUAGCUAAGCCACUGCCUCGAUUGGCACAGUCGACCAUUCGAUCCCAGAAA